CUCACACGCCGGCUCGGCUGAUCUCUUGCCAUGACUCAGCGCUUCUCGCAGGCUGCCCGGCUGGGGACACCGGCUUCGCGCGGGCUCCUCCCGCCGCGCCCACCCCCUCUCGCCACUCACGCCCGCCCCCAGCCGCGGGGCCUUUCCCCGCGCGGCCGCCGCCGCCGCCGCCACAGCCGCAAUCCGCGCCGGCGCCGCAGCAGCAUCCGCCGUCCGCAGCGCGCGUGCCUCACGCCCCGGCCCGACCCCGCCGCCGAGUCCCGCGCCAGCCAUGGAGCCCGAAGCCCCCCGCCGCCGCCACACCCACCAGCGCGGCUACCUGCUGACGCGGAACCCCCACCUCAACAAGGACUUGGCUUUUACCCUGGAAGAGAGACAGCAGUUGAACAUUCAUGGAUUGUUGCCACCUUGCUUCAAUAGUCAGGAGAUCCAGGUCCUAAGAGUAGUUAAAAAUUUUGAGCGUCUGGACUCUGACUUUGACAGGUAUCUUCUCUUAAUGGAUCUUCAAGAUAGAAAUGAAAAGCUCUUUUAUAGAGUGCUAAUGUCUGACGUUGAGAAGUUCAUGCCUAUUGUUUAUACUCCCACUGUGGGUCUGGCUUGUCAACAAUAUAGUUUAGUGUUUCGGAAGCCAAGAGGUCUCUUCAUUAGUAUACAUGAUCGGGGGCAUAUUGCUUCAAUUCUUAAUGCAUGGCCAGAAGAUGUCAUCAAGGCCAUCGUGGUGACUGAUGGAGAGCGUAUUCUUGGCCUUGGAGACCUUGGCUGUAAUGGAAUGGGCAUCCCUGUGGGUAAACUGGCUCUAUAUACAGCUUGUGGAGGGAUGAAUCCUCAAGCAUGUCUGCCUGUCAUUUUGGAUGUGGGAACAGAAAAUGAGGAGUUACUUAAAGAUCCAUUCUACAUUGGACUACGGCAGAGGAGAGUAAGAGGUUCUGAAUAUGAUGAUUUUUUGGAUGAAUUCAUGGAGGCAGUUUCUUCCAAGUAUGGCAUGAAUUGCCUUAUUCAGUUUGAAGAUUUUGCCAAUAUGAAUGCAUUUCGUCUCCUGCACAAGUAUCGGAACAAGUAUUGCACAUUCAAUGAUGAUAUUCAAGGAACAGCAUCUGUUGCAGUUGCAGGUCUCCUUGCAGCUCUUCGAAUAACCAAGAACAAACUGUCUGAUCAGAUAAUACUAUUCCAAGGAGCUGGAGAGGCUGCCUUAGGGAUUGCACACCUGAUUGUUAUGGCCAUGGAAAAAGAAGGUUUACCAAAAGAGGAAGCCAUCAAAAAGAUAUGGUUGGUUGACUCAAAAGGAUUAAUAGUUAAGAGACGUGCUUCCCUAACACAAGAGAAAGAGAUAUUUGCCCAUGAACAUGAAGAAAUGAAGAACCUAGAAGCCAUUGUUCAAGAAAUAAAACCAACUGCCCUCAUAGGUGUUGCUGCAAUUGGUGGUGCAUUCUCAGAACAAAUUCUCAAAGAUAUGGCUGCCUUCAACAAACGGCCUAUUAUUUUUGCUUUGAGUAAUCCAACUAGCAAAGCAGAAUGUUCUGCAGAGCAGUGCUAUAAAAUAACUAAGGGACGUGGAGUUUUUGCCAGUGGCAGUCCUUUUGAUCCGGUCACUCUUCCAGAUGGACGGACCCUAUAUCCUGGCCAAGGCAAUAAUUCCUACGUGUUCCCUGGAGUUGCUCUCGGUGUUGUGGCAUGUGGAUUGAGGCGCAUCACAGAUAAGAUUUUUCUCACCACUGCUGAGGUUAUAGCUCAGCAAGUGUCAGAUAAACACUUGGAAGAGGGCCGGCUUUAUCCUCCUUUGAACACCAUUAGGGAUGUUUCUCUGAAAAUUGCAGAAAAGAUUGUCAAAGAUGCAUACCAAGAAAAGACAGCCACGGUUUAUCCUGAGCCACAAAACAAAGAAGCAUUUGUGCGCUCUCAGAUGUACAGUGCUGAUUAUGACCAGAUUCUACCUGAUUGUUAUUCUUGGCCUGAAGAGGCCCAGAAAAUACAGACCAAACUUGACCAGUAGGAUAAUAGCCAACAUUUCUAACUCUAUCAGUGAGAUCUUGAAAUCUUUCAUAAUUUUUAAAGGUUGGAAUCUUUUAUAAUGGUUCAUAAUAUGCUUAGAUUAAGAUAAUUUUACUUUAACAAUCUAAAAAUGUGUGAAGAAUAUUGAUACAAAUUAGGAUAAACAUCACACUAGACAAUUUUACUUCAUUUGCCUUCUGGUUAUUUAUGGUUUCUAUUUUAAUUAUUCUACCGAAGUUUUCUUUAAAAGCUAUUGUACCUACUACUGAGAAACUCAUCAUUUUUAUAGAGGAAACUAAUGGGAAGACCAAAAUUAGUAAUAAAUUGAUAUUAUCACAUUAAAUCCAUAAUUCUUUUGUUGACCAUUUUAUUAAAAUCUACUUUUUUUUUUUAAUAAAGAUAGAAAUGAACUUAGACAUCGAUGAACUUUUGCUAAAUAGAAACAACACUACUUUGUUGCCUAGAGAAAGAUGACUUCUCAGGUACUUUUAUUCUAAUCCUAUAUUAUAUUUGUGCAACUGAAUUCUAACAUUUCUAAGAAAGAUCACUGCUGUUUACAAUGCCUUGUGCAGCCUUAGAUUUUAAUAUUCUUUUGUCAUUGUUACAUCUUACGGAGUGAAGCUCUCAUCACCGUGGUCCUUAGAGAUCCCUCCUAUAAGCGCCUUUAUUUCCCCUUAACCAAAUGUCCUAUCCUUCAGGUACCAUACUGUUGCUACAGGGCUUUUAUGGGCUGUGGCCCCUGUCCAGAGGUUGGUACCUUCAUGUCAGCAUAGCCUGAGCAGUGAGAAGGGCUGCUAGGAGAGUGUGUAGUUCAGUCCCUUGAGAAAGGGCUGCUUGAGGAGCCCUGCCUCUUAACACCCCAAGGAUCUCAGGAGUUAGGAGCAAGACCGUGGUUCCCAGACAAGCUAGGUUCCUAUUUGAGUAACCUGCCUUAAUGGACCCUUGAUGAGCUUAGGUAACUGAGAGCUCACUGUGUUACAACAGACUUACUUUCUUCUGAGUUUGGAGAAAGUUUUGUAACCAUGUGCCCAAUAUUAGAAAUUAUCUUUACAUCAUAUAUUAAAAUAUUUUAAUUACCAAGACCAUUCUAUGAAAAAAGUAGUUACAUCCCCAGAUUGUAUUGAUUUACUUUAGAAAUUAAUGAUUGAACUAAUGGAAACAACUUUAAAUUCUUAAGCUCAGGUGCAAUAACAUUGGCUAUUUAUUUGUAAAAUUAGAGAAUUUUGUUUUUGAAGUAAUGCUUUAAAGAGUAUAAGAAGAUGUUCAAGAUAACUAUACUAUAAAAUGAUUUUAUUUAAAGUUGAAGGUUACACAGAUUGUUUUUGGUCUUGAGUAGAAGGGGUUUGGGUAUUUCUGAAGGUAACAUUUAGUCAAGAGUUUUCUCAAUGUGGUUAUUUGGAAAAGCUUCAGAAUGACUAUCCAUUUCUUGUCGAUUGCCAUGUUGUCUUAUAGCUCUAACUAAAUGUAUUUACCUAUGCAAAAGAUUUAUUAAAGCAUAGAAAAAGUGAAUGAACGAAAUUAUGAAAUAAUUGUCUUUCUUUCUUAAAA